GGCGGCAUUUUGUGCAGCAGAUUGGAGGAGAAAACGGGUUGAUUUCAUUUCAUUUUAUGGAUUCGACCGGAAAUAAGUUCCCCGGCGACGAAGGGAGUAGGGGCAGCUGGCAUUGGUCGUUGGAGAGGCUGCCGGACAGUAUAAUCAACGAACUCCUGCUAAAGCUGGACUUGGAAUCUCUCUGCACCGCAGCUUGUGUGUCCCGGACCCUCCGCUCCGCUGUCUCUCAAGUUCUUGCUUCUCGUUCCUCUCUCGAUCUCUCUGCAUUUUAUCCAGACUCCGAGACUUUGCAAAGUAUUCUAGGUAGGCUCAAGGGGGUCAAGAGCUUAACCAUUGAUUGCCUUCGUGUGGAUGAUUUUUCUUUUAUCAACGCCCUGGGAGCACAAAUCCAGGAACUAAAUUUGUUCAAGUGUUCCUCACGAUCACAUCAUAUUCUUGGCACAAUUGGGCAUAGGUGCCCAAACUUAAGGGUCCUUUUAAUAGAAAUUGCAUGGCAGAGAAUACCACAACUUAUCAAGAGCCUAGUAGUAAUGGUUAAAAACAUUUCCUAUCUGGAGUCUCUAUCCUUAAAAAUUCAUGGGACUGCAGUUGAUGUCUAUGAUUUUCAACCUCUUUACCAUUCUCUACCCACAACUCUCAAAACAUUGAAGUUACUUCCAGUGCAUGAAAAGCAUUUUAUCCAUUCCAUACUUAAGUUCAGAGAUGACAGACACCUUUUGGUACCUGUACCCAGUUUUAGCAAUCCUCUACACUCCCACGGCGCUUGCUUCAAUUUGAGAAAUUUGUCACUUGUGUUACAUACUAUUUCUGAUGAACUUAUGUUCUCUAUUGUCGAGUCUCUUCCAUGCUUGGUUGAACUGGAUCUUGAAGACAGGCCAUACUUGGAGCCACAGAUGCCUGGUGACCUAAGCAAUAUCGGACUUCAGUCUCUUGGUGCCUUGCAAUACCUGACCACCCUCUCAAUUAUACGUAGCAGAAUAAUCCUUCCUGUUUCAUUUAAAAGAGUAAAUGAUUUGGGGAUGUUUAUUCUUGUUGAGAAUUGCAGAGGCUUGGAAUCAGUGAAACUUGGUGGGUUUUCUAAAGUUACUGAUGCCGGUUUCUCAUCAAUUCUACAUUCAUGCCAGAAGUUGAAGAAAUUUGAAGUUCGCAAUGCAUCACUUCUGUCAGACUUGGCCUUUCAUGAUAUGCAGAAGGUUGCUAGUUCCCUUGUUGAGUUAAGGUUAUUGUCAUGUAAUCUUCUAACAAGUGAAGCUCUCGAGGAACUGUCAUCUUUUGCUAAAUUGGAAGUGCUUGACAUGUCUGGGUGCAGAAGUAUUGCAAACCCCUGCCUUAGCUACAUAUCAAGCCUUAGUACACUCACAAAUUUAACUUUAGCUGGUGCUGAUAUUAGUGACGAUGGUCUGGCUAUUUUUGGUAGAGGAAGCUCAUCGGCGAUGAUUACACGUUUAUGCCUUAAAGGUUGUAAGAGAAUUUCUGAAAAGGGAAUUCACAAGUUAUUUCAUGGCGAAGGGAAAAUUGGCAACAAAUUAUUGUUUCUGGAUAUUAGCUACAUGCCUGGAAUAUCUGAUGCUGCAAUUGCAACAGUUACUUCUGCUGCUAAAGCAUUAACCGAUCUAUGUAUGAGGUAUUGCUUUUUUGUGACUAAUGCUGCAGUGAAAAUGUUAGCGUCAAGGGGAACAUUGCAUGAUGGAAGUGCUCGACUUCGAAGACUUGAUCUUUGUCACUGCUCAGGAUUGUCAAAUGAUUUAAUACACAUUCUUGAUAAGUCUUCAUUCCCCGGUUUGCACUGGCUUGGCCUUGGUUCUACUGCCUUGAAGACUAGAAAAGACGACUUUGAAGUGAUGUUCAGUAUGCGGCCAUGGCUAACAGUGUGUUUUGAUGACUGUGAAUUGGGAUGCCAUGAUGGAUGGAUGGUUUAGGUUUGAUGCCUCUAUGGAAUUGCCAAAAAGUGUGACAUUUUUGUCUGUUGGCAGUAAAAGGGCCUAAUUCAUUCAUUAUUUUAUGCAAUUUUAGUAGCUUUGGAUGUGUGGACUUAUAUUAUAUUAAUAAAUUAGUACAUUUUUGUUAAAA